AUGUCUGUCCCUGUUGCUUUCAACGAUAUCGGCAAGCCUGCCAAGGAUCUUUUGUCCAAGGAUUAUCCCUUUGGCAGCGUCAAGGUUGAGGUCAAGACCACUGCUCCCAAUGGUGUGACUUUCAAGAUCAAUGGUCAACGUGACAACAAGAGCGGCAUCAUUGUUGGUGAUCUCGAGACCAAGUACUCUGAUAAGGUCAAGGGCAUCGCUUUCACCGAAGCCUGGACUACUUCCAACCAUCUCAACGGCAAGAUUGAGCUCGAGAACAACCUCGCCAAGGGUCUUAAGCUCGAGUUGUUGACCUCCCUUCUUCCUUCUGUCAACGAAAAGGGUGCCAAGAUCAAUGCCACUUACAAGCAACCCAAUGUCCACACCGUUGCUACUUUGGAUGUCUUCAAGACCUUCUUCAGCGUCAACUCUGUUGUUGGUCGUGAUGGUUUCCUUGCCGGUGGUGAAGUUGCCUACGAUGUUUUGAACGGCAAGAUCAGCCGUUACAAUGCUGCUGUUGGUUAUUCCGCUGCUGAGUACGCUGUUGCUGUUCACGCUACCAACAACUUGGGCAACUUUGCUGCUUCUUACUACCACAAGGUUAAGAGUGACAUUGAAGUUUCCGGAAAGGCUUCUUGGGAUGCUAAGGCUAACGGCCCCGUUGCUCUUGAAGUUGGUGCCAAGCGCACUCUCGACAAGACCACCUUCGUCAAGGGUAAGAUCUCCAACUCUGGUGUUGUUGGUGUUGCCUACACCCAAGCUCUUCGUCCCGGUGUCAAGGUCAACGUUGGUGCUUCCAUCGACACUUCCCGUCUCAAUGAGAACGCCCACAAGCUUGGUCUCUCCCUCACUCUCGAAAACUAG